CACAUGCUUCCCCGUUAUGUACAUAAAUCAGGCGCCCGCCGCCGCCGCCGCUGUGAGGGUCUGUGCAGGCAGACAGGAGAGGCGCACAUGCACACCGCACCGCCGCGGCUCGUCGCUGCCACUGCAGCCGGAGUGCAGCGGAGCAGACCGGGAGGCGGAAUGGCCUGAGCUCGGCUCGACUCGGAUCGCCUUGACGCGGCGAGAUGCUGCUCCUCUAACUGGCCGCCUGUCCGUAGCGCGUCCGCCCGUCUGGCCGGCCGCAUUGCUGCAGUGCUGCUUUUUUUUUUGCCUUCUUUUUUUUUUUUUCUUCCAGGUGUUGUGUGUGCGCGUGAGCGUGCUCGCGCGCGCGAGCGUCCGUCGUAUAGCCUGGUGGUAAUUCUUGUACCACCAGGCACAAGAGUCGGAGGAGUGGGUGGAGGGGGGCUUGGGGGGAGACGAAGAAAACAGGAGUCUGAUGUCACAUGUGCUUCAUCGGAGGAGACGGGGCAUCUGCGAGCCGGAUUCUGUGGAGGAUGCUGCGGCAAGUGAUACACAGAGGGCUCAGGGCUUCCUUCUACUGGCUCGGCUUGUUCGUCAGCAGGCACCCCGUCUUCUUCCUCACCGUCCCCGCGGUGCUCACCAUCAUCUUCGGCUCCACCGUGCUCAGCCGCUUCAAGCCCGAGCGGGACCUGGAGGUGCUGGUCGCCCCGACUCACAGCCUGGCCAAGAUCGAGCGCAGCCUCGCCAACAGCCUGUUCUCCAUCGACCAGUCCAAGCACAAGCUGUACUCGGAUCUGCACACGCCCGGCAGAUACGGCCGGCUCAUCCUGCUGGCCAGGUCCGGCGGCAACAUCCUGGAGCUGGCCGACCAGGUCCUGCAGGUCCACCGGCAGGUGCUGGAGCUGCGCGUCGCCUACAAGGGCUUCAACUACACGUUCGCGCACCUGUGCGUGCUGAGCCACGGGGACCGGCGCUGCCUCCUGGAUGACAUCGUCACCGUGUUCCAGGACAUCCAGCAGGCUGUGCUGUCCAACAACAGCUUCCACAAGGUGCCGCUCAGCUACCCCAACACCACUCUAAAGGAUGGACGUGUGUCCUUCAUCGGCCACCAGCUUGGAGGGGUAUCCUUCUCACCCAACAGUCGGGACCAGCAGGUCAAGUUUGCCCGGGCCGUCCAGAUCACAUACUACCUCCGUAGCAUCGGCCCUGUGGUGCAGGACGUCAUCGCAGAGCGCUGGGAGAAUGAGUUCUGCGCUCUGGUCACCAGACUGUCCACGGCAGAGGCGCCGCACCCGACCGACCAGCUCCACAUCCAGUCGCUCACUUCCUUCAGCCUUUGGCGGGACUUCCACCAGACCGGCAUGCUGUCCAAAGGGGAGGUGCUGGUCAGUCUGGUUCUGGUGCUCCUGGCUGCCACCAUCUCCAGCUCCAUGCGGGACUGCCUGAGGGGGAAGCCUUUCCUCGGCCUCCUGGGCGUGCUGACCAUUUGCAUCGCCAACGUGACAGCUGCAGGGAUCUUCUUCAUAUCGGAUGGGAAGUUCAACUCCACACUGCUGGGAAUCCCGUUUUUUGCCAUGGGUCACGGUACCAAAGGGGUCUUUGAACUUCUGGCAGGCUGGAGGAGAACAAGGGAAAACCUUCCCUUCAAGGAGCGCGUGGCCGACGCCUUCGCUGACGUGAUGGUGUGCUACACCAUGACCAGCUCGCUCUAUAUCAUCACCUUCGGCAUGGGAGCCAGCCCUUUCACCAACAUCGAGUCGGUGAAAAUCUUCUGUCAGAGCAUGUGCGUGGCCAUCCUGGUCAACUACUUCUACGUUUUCUCUUUUUACGGCUCCUGCCUGGUGUUCGCCGGACAGCUCGAACAGAACCGCUACCACAGCGUUUUCUGUUGCAAGAUCCCCUCAGUGGAAUACUUGGACCGUCAGCCGACAUGGUUUAAAACCAUGAUGAGCGACGGCCACGACCUGUCCACCCAUCACGACAGCGUGCCGUACCAAAAUCACUUCAUCCAGCACUUCCUGCGUGAGCAUUACACUGAGUGGAUUACUAACACCUAUGUCAAGCCUUUCGUGGUCAUCCUUUAUCUUAUCUAUGCUUCUUUUUCAUUCAUGGGAUGUUUACAAAUUAGCGAUGGAUCGAACAUAGUGAACCUGCUGGCCAGUAACUCGCCAAGCGUUUCGUACGCCGUGACCCAGCAGAAGUACUUCAGUAACUACAGUCCUGUGAUUGGGUUUUACAUCUACGAGCCCAUCGAGUACUGGAACUCCACUGUGCAGGAGCACCUGAAGACUCUCAGUCAUGGCUUCAACAAGAUCUCUUGGAUGGACAACUUUUUCCACUACCUCCGGGUGGUGAACAUCAGCGCGUCGACCAAGAGUGACUUCAUCAAUAUUCUGAAGGGUUCUUUCCUGCGCAGCCCGGAGUACCAGCACUUUACAGAGGACAUCAUCUUCUCGAAAAACCGCAACACAGACGAGUACGACAUUAUCGCCUCGCGCAUGUACUUGGUAGCGCGAACCACGGAGAAGAAGAGAGAGGAGGUGGUGGAGCUCUUGGAGAAGCUUCGCCCCUUGAUGCUGAUCAACAGCAUCAAGUUCAUUGCCUUCAAUCCCACGUUUGUUUUCAUGGACCGCUACAGUUCCUCCGUCAUCUCGCCCAUCCUGACCUCAGGCUUCAGCGUGCUCACCAUCCUCAUCCUCACGUUCUUCCUGGUUAUCAACCCGUUGGGAAACUUCUGGCUCAUUCUCACGGUUACAUCCGUGGAGCUGGGCGUCUUGGGUUUGAUGACCCUCUGGAACGUCGGCAUGGACAGCAUUUCAAUCCUGUGCCUUAUUUAUACUCUAAACUUCGCUAUGGAUCACUGUGCACCACACCUGUACACUUUUGUGUUGGCCACUGAGCACACGAGGACGCAGUGCAUCAAGUUAGCACUGGAGGAGCAUGGGGCGGCCAUCCUGCAGAACACGUCCUGCUUCGUGAUCGGGAUCAUGCCUCUAGUGUUUGUGCCUUCCAAUUUGACCUACACGCUGUUCAAGUGCUCCCUGCUCACGGCGGGCUGCACCUUGUUGCACUGUUUUGUCAUCCUGCCCGUCUUCCUGACUUUCUUUCCGCCGUCCAAAAAGAGGCACAAGAAGAAAAAGCGGGCAAAGCGGAAAGAGCGGGAGAGGGAACGCGAGCGGGAGAGGGAACGGGAGGAGAUAGAGUGCAUCGAAGUCAGGGAAAAUCCUGAUCACGUGACAAACGUUUGAGCAGUUACUAACGUCAGUGAUCUGUAACCGUGGCUUACUGGUAGACUCUCAGAUGGUGAGGCAUCUCUUACGGUGCAGGGGAGCAUACGGUGUCCGCCACCGAGUGGUUGCUCCCUAACAACAGCAGCUAAGCUGACCGGGUUCUAGUGCAGCCCCAACUGGUCGAUCAUUGAGUCCCUCGGUCCAAACAGUGUGUCUCAUUAGCACAAACUGGUUACUUAAGCUUUCCCCAACUCCUAGAAAUACAAAACAAUUUAGUUACCAAAACUUGCCUGCUAAAUUUCUAAAGAAAACUUCUGCAGAAAUACAGUAAUAUCUGGGCUUUGAUGUUACCAGUUGUGUGUUCAUCUCCUGCAGUCGUCUCUCAAUAAACAGAUGAGGAUCAUAGAAGUUCCUUAAGGGGCGGACACUGAGACGCGUCAGUAAGAGUGAUAUGUGAGCAGAUAAAACAGACAAAGACGGCUCUGCACACACCUUACAUUAACCCCUCAAUAUCAGCAAAAGGAGACAAAACCAAAUCACGUGCAGAGAGAAAAAUACAGUAGGCCGAAAGCCCACUGUAUGCUUUUCUGUAGCAUCAAAAUUAGCUCAACAGCUGAACCUGGCAGAUAGCUUACACUGUGUCCUUUACGAAGAACUAUCUUCCACAUUAAAUUGCGAGGAUAGAAUUGUCAAGGUUCAGCCAAAGCAGAGGGAGAAAAUUCUGUUUGUUCCGGAGUUUGUAGAAAUUCUUAGGCAGGGGCCAGAAAAUGCUGCAGUGAGCUGCAGAGGGCGAGAGCCGGUGGGAAGGGACUGUUGUGCAGCAGCAGCAUUUCAAAGGCAAUAAGCCUAACGGCAGAACUCCAGUGUUGUGCAUUGAAAACAUUAAAACCAAAAUGUCGGCUUAUUAUGUUGAGCUCUUCAGCGGAUCAAUCACAGCAGAAACUCUCAGUUACGGUGCGGUUGGUGAUUGUCUCUGUGUCAGGUUCGAACAUGGUUCAGUUCCUAUUAACGGUGCCAAAUAGUGUACAGAGGCUUUUGUUCUCUAGUUUGUUUGUUUUUUAAUUAAAAAUAAAAUAUCAGUAAGUUUAAAUAUUCAUGAGAAAAGAAAUGACCAUGAAUAGAAACCCUGUCAUCCCAAAACUGACUGCUGUUGAUUGAAAAUGAUGAUGCAGGUUUUACAAUAAAAAAUGAGGCUAGUAAAUAACUAUGACUUGUAGUGUGAGGGGAAAAAACUACCUUGGAGAAAAAUCCCUACAAAAUACACAUUGUAAUUUCUAAUUAUUUAGCAGGUUGUUCCUUCCAAAUGAAGUCGGGUUUUUUUCUGAAAGCUGUGGAUUUCUAUUAAUACAAAUUUCAUUUCUUGGAUGUUUUUUUUUUUUUUACUUUUACAUCUAAACCCCUUUAGCCAUUUACACUGACAAAACAAAUAGAGCCAAAGUUACAAAUUGUUGAGUUACUUUUAUGCUUUUGACCAGGUAAUAUUGAUGCACGGCGUCAUUAAAAUUCUAAACAGAAAAACAGAGAGAAAAGCAAGAAAGCUGGCUAGUAAGAACGACAAAGGGUAAUAUAACUAAAUAAAACAUUUAUAUACUGUAUGGUACUUGGCAUGGGCCAGUAUUGGUGUGAUAACAUCAAGUAAAUGUAGUAGGGAUUCAGGUUAUAACGAUGCUAAUACGCAAAUUUUAAGCAAAAACCAAUUAACAUAAACGGAUUGAAUUAAUUUAAAAUAAUAAAUACUUGAAAUAUUCCUACUUCUGCUAAUAUAGCAUAGUGAAUAUUACACCCAUGAUAAUACAAUUAUUAUUUUGGGCAGUAACAUAGAAUAUGCUCCUGCUGAACUUAUUAGUAGUGUAGAUUUAUUGUGUAGACUAUGAGUGAUGUCUGGUGCUUCUAUCUGUUUUUCACUACUGAAAAGGUUUAAAAACAAGUUUUAAUGAGCAAAAUGAAGGCCUGGAUUUGUAAGGAAGAAAUAGUAACAGCUGAUGGUACAGUUACAUCAGACAAAAGCACCAGAUUUCAGAUUCUACUAUCAAUGUAAGAAAAAUAAUUGAAAACAUCCAAAAAUAGCUGGGGGAUAUUGACUGACUUUUUUUUCCCCCCGAAUGGACGUCACAGAAAAUAAUAACUUUACUGUUGGGGGAUUUGUUUUACUUCAUAGAUGCUAACAAAACAUAGCCUGUUGCUAACGUUUGUUUCAAAAUUAUUCCAAACAUCUUCAAAACCCUCGGAACCUCCCCACAAAAAAAAAAAAACAGUGAUUGUUGAUCCCUUCUUUUGAAAACAAUGUGCCUGAUCUGUUUCAGAAGCAGUCGGCUUAACCUUGUCUCUAAACAUUAUGAGGAUUUUGGUUCUUCUUCUGGCACGCAGGAUGGAGCAGGAAGCCCUACUCUAAACCCCAAACGAAUAAAAGAAAACUCUUAAGUUCUAUCUAUGACACUGUAAUUAGCUCCUCUUUGAACAAAAUUUCAACUGUGGGAACGUGACAUUUUAGGACAUUUUAGCAGUUUCCUAGCCUGGUAAAAACCAGUCCCAAAAACCAAACCAGAGGGUCUGGACACUCGGGCAUUGAAAAAUGAUUUCUUGCUGUAAGGGUAGACUCUGUUCAAGUUUUUAAUUUUACCCAAUCGCCAACGUUUGGCCAUGACAACAAAAACAAUUUGGGGUUUAGUGAUUUGGCUCCAUGCUAUGGCUCAAUUGCCAGGGCUGUAAAAUCCAUCCACCACUGCCAGAAUAGAAGUGCUGAGCCAAACAGGACGGCUAUAAAUGUUCAUUUAAAAAUUUGGGAGCAUAGCCAAAGCAAAUUGAAUGACUUCGUUCACUUCCUCUGCUGCCAUUGCUAAAACUACAGGCAGAUUCCAAUUCUAAAACAGCGCAGAAUAUCAAAGUCAAGACUCCUCCCUGUGUUCGCUGAUUGGUUGAAAUCCUACCGGAAAAAUCCAGCUCAAUGGGAGAAACCCCAAACGGAGCACUGAAGGGAGAUGAGAAUUGUAUAGGAAGGUAAAGGAAAAUGAUGACCAGGCUGGCAGUUUUCGACUUCGUUUUGACUUUUAACCUUUGGUAUAUUUGACAUAGAACAAAGCCCAUGCCUAGCAACUACUGAAUUCUCUUUGCUGCGAAACAUCAAAUAAAAUUGCAUAAGUAAUAAUUACAUUGUCCUCUACACAUACUAAAAUGGGUACCUUCACCUCCCAGGGUAAACAGCAUUAUCUUCCUCUACCACAGCUUGAUGAGUGUCCCUGUUGAACUCCCACAACAAACCCCAACAGAUGACCUCUGGCAGGCAAGUCUUAGCUGGUGGCAUGUAAUAAAUAGAGGGGGCCCCAUAUGUGCGCAGAUAUAGCUGAUGCCAGUCGAUAUCUUCCUAGAGGGCUGCUAAAGCUGGUUUAGAGGAAAGAGUUCCUGUUUUGUUUCUUUGUACCAGCACCAACACGGUGAGGUUUCCUUGUACAGCUCCACUAAUACCGCAUUUGGAAGCGGCGUUGCAAUCUUCAUGCAGAAGCAAAUUUCAUUGUGGAAAAUGCAUUGUUUCACGAAGGAUAGCAAACAUUUUAGUUAUUAAUUAUCCGACUAUUACUGAGCCCACAUUUAUGUGCACCUUAACUUGAUUUCAAAAUUUUGGACAGAAGUAAAAAAAAAAAAAAAAAAAGAGAGAGAGACAGCGAGAGAGAAAAUUUUUUCCCAAUAGUCUACUAUGAAUGAACACUGUUAGCGGGGUUAGAACGUUUGUGUGAAUUUCUCACUGAAGUUGCAAUUUCAUCGACGAGACAUUGCCCCUGCAGAAGAAUUAGGCCUUUUUGUAGCCAUUUGCCACAGCAGAUGCAGUGAAUGUCGCAUACUGUAAAACCCAUGUCAUGUAUAUAUAGCGAGAUGGCAUGAAAUGUUUGAAUAACGGUACUGAAAUGCAAAUUUUACUAAUUUACUUCCCAAAAAUGAACUGUGUUCGCAUGGCAUUGUGUUGUUUGUAUGCAUGUAUUUCCUUUUUUGUUUGUUUUUCUUCUUUUUCUUGUAUGAAGUCUCCGUAUUUUUAGAAGUUCCUUUUUUUCCCCCUGAGCUAUGGUGACUUCUGUUGUUGUGAUGCAUAUUCUGUGACACCUUGUGCUGCAAAAGAACAAAACGAGUCACAUCUGUUCCAAAACAAAAAGCCAGAGGACAUUUGAAGUGUAAGAUAACUGUAAAUUGCUCUUUUUUAAAAAUAUUUUCUAUAAAAAGUAUAACACAGAAAGAUUUUUAACGACGGAAUUUUGUUAUAAAAACCAAAAAAAGAGGAAAAAAAAGAUGAACAAAGUAGGCCAGUAAUAAAAAGUGGAAUGUUA